AUGGCAGGGGCCGCGGGGGACGAAGAGAUCGUUCUCAGUCAAGACGUAGAAGGCGGACGGAAAAUGAGCCACGUGGAAGAUGCAGACGUCAAGACGGGACGCGAGUUGUGGACGACAGCGAUGAGCUUGACCAGCGAAAUGGUAGCUCCGAUCAAGAAGACAGGAAUCGCCAUAGGCGUAGUCCGUCUGCUGACAGCAAAACAAGGGAGGAACGAACUUUACGAAUCGAACGGCUUGUUAGGCAAGAACGUGAGGAUUUUGAACGCGGAAGAAGAAGCAGCUCUCGACUACGCUCGCGACAAGCUUCAGCUCGACGAGGAGAAACCAGACAAAGAAGGAGGGAUUCUCCCAGGCAGAGAAGUCGAAGUCGAAGUCGAUCACCCUCCUUGGAUGUGA